AUGCAGUACAACUACGGCCACGAUGCCCAAAACAAGUUGUACCGGCCCUGGAAGGGCCGUUUCUACAAGAACAGAGCCGCCACACGCGCCCAAGUCGGAGGUCUCGCAGCAGUCGAAGCAAGCAGCAGCGACGAAUCUAAAGCGACCGUAACCAUUGCCCACGGCAGUAGGAAGAGGAAGGCCAGAGCGAUAGAAUCCCCACGCGCAGUGAAGAAAGGCAAGCGGCUCAAGGUGGCAGACCAAGAAGUCGUGGGGUUGCCAGGACUGAGGUAG